AUGCCAGACAAGGAUGAGCCCUCCUCCUCCUCGUCGACAAAAGCAAAAGAUGCUCCUCGCCACCGCUCCUUGCCUCCACCUUCAAACCCCGAAUUCACUCACACCCUAACCCCGACUCCCCACCUCCUAACCCGCUACUCCGCCCUCACCUACAACGCACACGCCAUCCAUCUCGACCCGCUAUACACCAUGAUCGAAUACAACCAACCCGGCCUCCUCGUGCACGGGCCCCUUCUCCUAACCCUCAUGCUAACCUGUCUGCACCACGAACUCGAGGGAUAUGAACGCAUCAUCAAGGAAAUCAAUUAUCGAUGCCUAAGCCCCGUAUUCGUGGGCGAGAGGAUCAGGGUAUGCGGUAAGCGGCUCACCGCUAGAUCCGGAAAGAAGGAGGAUGGGAAGGGAGAUGAAAGGGAUGAUCUUGAGGGAGGAGAUGGAUGGGAAGUUUGGAUCGAGAAAGGCGGCGGCGAGCAGCAGGGAGGAGAACAACCGAGACCGCCGGCACUGGCGGUAAGAGGGACGGUCAGGACGGUUCAUGUGGGUAUUUCGACUGCACAAAUAAUAGAUGACUGCGUCACGUUCCAUGCUGCGCAAAACAGGAGGACUAAAACGGACGAGACCGAGGCCGACAAGAUGGGCGAUGUCGCUCAUGAUGUCGAUGGUAUCGAUGAGUGGUUGUCAACUAGCAGGAUCUGA